GGUAAAAGUUGUAAAUUACGCGAAAGCACGCCGGGUUCGCGGCUAGUCUCGUAAACAUCGGCCAGCAUCGGCUGUGGAUGUUUGUCUGUUUGUCGGGAGUGGUUGUCGAUUUCUCGCAACUGUUCGUUAAUUUCUGUGCUGAGAUUGCUUUUAUACGCUUAGACGUUUUUAAAUGCCUUCGAAAGGCGAGGAUAUACUCAAUGGAUUCAAGCUGAACUGGAUGAACUUGAGAGACGCCGACACAGGCAAAGUCCUUUGGCAAGGCACUGACGAUCUAUCGAAGCCAGACGUUGAGCACGAAGCCCGCGUUCCAAAAAAGAUACUGAAAUGUCGGGCUGUGUCAAGGGAGAUAAACUUCUCCUCUGUCGAGUCGAUGGAAAAAUUCCGGCUGGAGCAGAAGGUGCUCUUCAAAGGACGAUGCCUUGAAGAAUGGUUCUUCGAGUUCGGUUUCGUCAUCCCCAAUUCCACCAAUACGUGGCAGUCGUUAAUAGAGGCAGCGCCCGAAUCUCAGAUGAUGCCUGCAAACGUAUUGAAUGGGAAUGUUGUGAUAGAGACGAAGUUCUUCGAUGACAACCUUCUUGUGAGCACGUCCAAGGUUCGGCUGUAUUACAUCUAGCCGAACAAGCAAGGCAGACUGGGAACACAGACACACCUAGCUCACAAUGAUGGCAUUGAACAGAAAGAAGACGGAGGCCCGUCUCCAUUUUUGUUCCCCCAAAGAUGUGCUAUUGCCACUGUGUAUAGUAUUUUGUGUACGAGCGGCCACGCAUUGUUAAAGAACCCUCGUUUGUGCUGUACAUAUUUAUUUUAUCGAGGCGCCGGGUCGCCAAAGAUUCGGGCGUCUCGAUUACCUUUCUUCAUUGCGUUCUCCGAAAGUCUUAGAACGAGCCCAAAAGUAUACUUUGAUGUAGUCCUAGUUUCUUCGACGGUGGCAUCCGUUUUCCUUGCAUUCCUUUAUUCUCACAUUUGGACCAAAGGACGAGCCCGUGCAGCUGUGUGGCUUGGCAUUUGAGAAUGAAGGACUCAAGCUAUUUACAGUGCUAUGACAGCAUUCAGUGUGCGUCUCUUCAUUUGGCUCUCAUAGCCCCAGAGCCAGUGGUCGCAACCUAGCUCAGUGGCAUACCCAUUGGCGGGAGGGCAAGGGUUGCCGUAAGUUCUCAGUAGUCAUGCAACUGCUACGCCAGGGCUGUGGGUGUUGGAAUGACCAAACACACAGACAUUCUGAGCACUCUAGUUUCCAGCAUGCUUGCCAAGCUUUGCGGCUUGUUGCAGCAAUGCUUGCACUAGUCAGAGUCGCAAGACCUUGUCGUAAAACAGUUGCCGUACCACCGGCCGCAGACUGCGAGUCAUGUUCGGCGCUAAAGCCAGCGGGCAAGGCAAUCGAGGGGCUAGUCGGUGCUUCGGGCAAAUGAAGGUGCCCAGGAGAUGACCUUUUCCGUCAAUUACUUUGCACGACGGCACAUUCCACGCUUAGCACGCGAGCCACGAGCAUCUAUGUGCGGUGUUUCAGCUUGAACUGCAUGCGAGCUUGGAGAAACCUAGGGAAAACAGCAGACUUGCACAGCCUCUGCUUGCAAAGGCAGAGUUAUCGCCAUUGAAACUGCCGCAGUACCCAUAGCUAUUUACAAGCUGAGAAUGGCAGGAAGGAGCUUCCUACCUUCAACGAUGCUUCGCUGUUCUUGUUCUAUCUGUGACUCUAGCCCUUCUAGACGGGUUUGCUUAAUUAAGAGUUCUGGUUCUUGAAAAAGUAUUUAGGAAGUGACCACAAAAUGUGAUCCACUGGAAGACUUUUGUUUUAGGUUUCUCCAAGCAAUCGUGUGUAGUUGUAGUGCCUGUGAACAGAUGUUGACUGUCUCGUCUUCGGCAGGACACCCAGCAUUAUGUAGUUAUACCUUGGCUUCGAGCAAUAAAUUUGUGGUGGACACCCCUCUC